ACUAGCGUAUGGUACGUGACGUCAUCACAGCGCGCCAGCAGAGACCCGGAAGCUACUGUUUUGUGACUGUCGCCACCGCAGCCAGCGUACUAUAAGCGACGACAACAUGGAGACUAACAGCAACGGCGGUAGUGAGAGGAAGAGAGUUCAUGCAGAGAAAGAGGAGCUUGCACUUAGCGAUGAUGAAGACUAUGUGCCUUAUGUACCAGUUAAGCUGAGGAGGCAGCAGAUGCUUCUAAAGCGGAUGCAGAUGCGCAGGAAGGGAGUGAUUGAGGAAGAGCAGAAGGAUAGUGGCAGUGACCAUCGGGGGGAUGAAGAUGAUAUUCCCUUGGGACCCCGGUCAAAUGUCAGUCUUCUGGAUCAACAUCAACACUUAAAAGAGAAGGCAGAAGCUAGAAAAGAGUCUGCAAAGGAGAAGCAGCUGAAAGAAGAAGAGAAGAUCUUGGAGAGUGUGACAGAGGGGAGAGCCCUGAUGUCUGUAAAGGAAAUGGCAAAAGGUAUUACCUAUGAUGACCCAAUAAAGACAAGCUGGAAAGCACCACGCUAUAUUUUAGCAAUGUCACAAGCACGUCAUGAACGUGUCCGGCGAAAAUACCAUAUUCUGGUUGAAGGUGAUGGGAUUCCUGCACCCAUAAAGAGUUUUAAGGAAAUGAAGCUCCCCGCAGCUAUUCUUCGUGGGCUAAAGAAAAAAGGAAUCCAGCAUCCCACUCCAAUCCAGAUUCAAGGGAUCCCAACAAUCCUAUCUGGAAGGGAUAUGAUCGGCAUCGCUUUCACCGGAUCUGGCAAGACUCUGGUCUUUACCCUACCUGUUACUAUGUUUUGCUUGGAGCAAGAAAAGCGAUUACCUUUCACAAAAAGAGAAGGACCUUAUGGGCUUAUUAUUUGUCCAUCGAGAGAGUUGGCUCGUCAGACGCACAGUAUUAUUGAGUACUAUUGCCGCUUGCUGCAGGAAGACAACUUCCCACCCUUACGUACAGCACUGUGCAUUGGUGGUAUGUCUGUCAAGGAGCAGAUGGAAACAAUCAAACAGGGUGUGCACAUGAUGGUAGCAACCCCUGGCCGACUCAUGGACCUCCUACAGAAGAAGAUGGUGAGUCUGGACAUCUGCAGGUACUUGGCUCUGGAUGAGGCUGAUCGUAUGAUUGACAUGGGAUUUGAAGAGGACAUUAGGACAAUAUUUUCAUACUUCAAGGGUCAGCGUCAGACACUGCUUUUUAGUGCCACUAUGCCCAAGAAGAUCCAGAACUUUGCUAAAAGUGCUCUGGUGAAGCCCAUCACUAUUAACGUUGGGCGAGCAGGCGCUGCCAGUUUGGAUGUGAUACAGGAAGUAGAAUAUGUAAAGGAGGAAGCCAAGAUGGUGUACCUACUGGAGUGUCUGCAGAAGACCCCACCUCCUGUGCUGAUCUUUGCAGAAAAGAAGGCAGAUGUAGAUGCUAUACAUGAGUAUCUGCUACUGAAAGGGGUGGAGGCAGUAGCCAUACAUGGAGGAAAAGACCAGGAAGAAAGAACCAAGGCAAUUGAGGCUUUCCGGGAAGAAAAAAAGGAUGUCCUAGUAGCUACAGACGUCGCUUCCAAAGGUCUGGAUUUUCCAGCUAUCCAGCAUGUGGUCAACUAUGAUAUGCCUGAGGAGAUUGAAAACUAUGUUCACAGAAUAGGACGUACAGGGCGAUCCGGUAAUACGGGAAUUGCCACCACCUUCAUUAACAAGGCAUGCGAUGAAUCUGUUUUGAUGGACCUUAGAGCUCUGCUUAUGGAGGCCAAGCAGCGUGUGCCCCCUGUACUGCAGGUACUCAACAGCAGUGAUGAGACUAUGCUGGACAUUGGAGGGGAACGAGGCUGUGCGUUUUGUGGAGGUUUGGGCCAUCGUAUUACAGACUGCCCCAAGUUGGAGGCCAUGCAGACCAAACAAGUCAGCACCAUUGGAAGAAAAGAUUACCUGGCCACCAGUUCCAUGGAUUUCUGAGCGAGAACAUCACCGCCUGAUCUUAGAUGGUGGAUUCUACCUUCUGAAUGGUUGGGUCUAUGGCUGGAGAAGCUGUAUUUAUGGAGACUGUAUGCAAUAUAAGACAGCUAGUUGCAAUUCCUAUUAGUGACUAGCUUGUGUUUGUGUUUCGCCUCCUCACUGGGACAAAAUACAGAAGUUUCUGUGAAACAUUUUAUUAACUUGCACCAAAGCCGAUAUGAAGUAUAAAUCCUACCCAUACUUUUGCUAUAUUGGACUUGAUGGACUGCUCCCAAAUGUUACUUAUAUUUUUAACCAACAUUAAUUUUAACCCCACAGUAAAAUCUAUCAAAACUCACAUUAAGGGGGGAAUUCAAAUGUUUGAAAUGUCAGGUGGGUGUCUGUUUUUUCCUAUCAGAUAGAGAAAAAACAGACACCCAACUGACUUUUCAAACAACUGAAUAUCCCCCAAUAUGUCUGACUUGUUACAUAAAGUAAUAAUAAUUUGUCUUUUUAUAUGUAAAGAAGUCCAAAUAUUGUUAGUAAAUGAUCUCCUUAUUAACCUCUG